CCCUUCGAAUCAGAACCGCGCGCCUCAUUGGCUCGCGCGCACGCACGCACACCGGUCGCCCGCCCACGCACCCGCUUCCUUGGCAAAGCCUCGCUCCUCCCGGGUUUUCUCCACGCGCGGCUUCAAGCUCCCCUCGAUCGGUGCAGUUCGCAGCGGGCGGCCGGGACACGGCACUCCACACACACACACGCUUCAUAGAUUGCAGCUCGGCGCGUUGGAGGCAGGCAGGGAUGGAGCCGGUGGGCGGGGACGGCGGCGGCGGUGGAGGCCGCGGGCGCGGGCGCGGGAGGGGCGGAUGGAAGGGGAAGGGCGUGAGCGGCUCGGGCUCCGCCGCCGCGGGGAGGCAGCUGGCGCCAGUUUUAGAAGACGCGCCGGCGGCCGCAUUGCUCCGGCCCCUGAAGAAGAUCCGCAGCCCGGAUCGCCGCCUCAACCGCUCCCUGUCCUCGCUCUCGUCGGCUCCGCCUUCCCCUGACUCGUCCUCUGUUUCCAACCCCUUGUCGCCGCAAUCGACGCGACACAUAUUUCCGUUCGCGUACGAUCAGGCUCCGGCGGCAUCCACGGCAGCGGCGGCGGCGGCGUCCACAGCCGGGUCGCCAAGGCUCCUGCCGCUGCUGCAAUACUCCAGCGUGUUCCAGCAGCCUCUGCCACCGCAGCCGCAGCAGCAUCAGCAUCAGCAGAUAAUUUCGUUCGGAAGCAGCGAGCUGCCGCAGCAACAGUUCGGGGCGGCGGCGGCGGCUCCUCUGUUCCCGCCGCAUCUCCUGGCGCCGGAGGUGCAGCAGCAAAUGCUGCUGCGCUACUGGAGCGAGGCGCUGAACCUGAGCCCCCGCGGGUUCCGCGGCGGCGGGGCCGUGCCGCCGGCGCUGUACCAGCAGCUGUUGAUGCGCGCGUCGGGCCCGCCCACCAAGCUCUACCGCGGCGUGCGGCAGCGCCACUGGGGCAAGUGGGUGGCGGAGAUCCGCCUCCCGCGGAACCGCACGCGCCUGUGGCUCGGCACCUUCGACACCGCCGAGGACGCCGCCAUGGCGUACGACCGCGAGGCCUUCAAGCUCCGCGGCGAGAACGCCAAGCUCAACUUCCCCGACCUGUUCCUCGGCAAGGGCCGCGUCGGCGGGAGUGGGCGCACCAGCGCCAGCGCGGCGGCGUCGUGCUCCUCCUCUUCCUCGUCUGCUCCGCCGACGCCCGACGAGAAUCACACGAAGCAAGCUCAGCAGCAGCAUGACGGUGGACAGCAGCCGUGCAACAGCGAAGCGAAGCCUCUGCUCCCGGAAACAGAGCAGGCCAAGAGCUCGGAACCCGAGCCAAAUCCUCAGCUCCAGUCGGCCGAUCACCAAGGCGGUGACGGCAACACGGUCAUGUUCCAGCCGUCGUCGGUGGCGUCGGGCGGCGUGUGGGGUCCGGCCGACGAGGCGUGGUUCAGCGCCUGGGGCCCGGGCAGCUCCGUGUGGGACUACGACAUGGACAACGCCCACGGCCUCUUCCUCCAGUCUCGCUUCGCCAGUGAGGCGACCAGCAUGGACUACGUGUCCAGCACGCCGGAAGCCCCGGCGGCACCGGUAGCAGGGACCGCCAUGGCCUCUGCUGCCUCCCUUCCUCCUCCUCCUCCUCCCCGCAGUCCAACCUACAUGUGGAAGGACUGAGCAUCGCACACGAUCUUCACGCGCAGGAAGUAUCCAGGAUGCGCACAGGUUGCAGGUUUUAAGAGUCAGCUUGUGGCAUCUGGCAGUACGAUCACCAUUGAUCACAAAGCAGGAGCAUCUGAAGGACCACCAUUUUAUCUGGACCUUUCCUCCCACUGACCUCUUUUUCCUCCUGAUGAAACACCAUAAGGAAUCCCAGCUGGAUUUUUGAGGCUGGGGACAAGGAUGGCCUCUAUUUCAACCGCCAUCCUUGCUGAUAUUUCCAUGAUGAUUUCAUGAGUAUUACAACAUGAUCUUUAGGUAUUUCUAGCAUGUUUCCUUGCUGCAUGAUUUGUAGUUGCAUAGCGGCAUGAAGUAGUGUUCUGUCUUUAGGGAUCCCUAAAAGGCUUGGGAGAGGAGACGAGUUUUAUGCUCUCCUCUGCUCUUAGCUGAGCUUUACUAUGGCUUUAUGUUUUUCUGCACGUACUGCAUUGUACUAGUACUGUAGUACAAAUUUGAGAGCCAGUGUGUGCGCGUGUUUGUGUACCUUGGAUUUGGAAUAUAUGCAUGUAUGUCAUUGGCAAAACUACCUUUUAUGUAGUGUCAGUUUCAUGUUUAA